AUGAGUCAAAUGUUGAAACAAUUUAAUCAGGAUCGGUCUUUACAAAGGGAUCGUUUUGAUCCUUCUGGAGGUCCAUCAGGUCAACAACAAGGAAUACGAACACAAAAUGGAAGACCAGGCUUUCUUUCUGAUGAUAAUAUGGUAAAUGAAUUUUUUGGUCAAGAACAAGGUGGCAAUACGGCAGGACCGACUAUGGCACCCAACCCUUUCCAGUUUUCUGAACUUCAACGAGAACUAGAAAAUGUGCGUCAACAUUCUCAUCUUCAACAAGGCCCUGCUAGUGGUGAUUGGUCAGCGGAAUUUGGUCAUCAAGGUCCUCGUAUUUGGGAAUUGAAACCAGAAGAAGAAGCUGCAAUGGAAAAAGCAUUUGAAGAAAGUCGUAUUGCUGCAGGACAUAAUCCAUCAGCCUGGCGGGAAGAAUUUAUGAAUCAUCCCGAAGUAGCUCAUAUGAACCCUCAUCAGGUGGCUGAAUUUGAACAAGCUUUCCAACGACACUUUGACUGGUCUGCUGAAUUCUCAGCGGUAGAAAAUGGUGGAAAAGGCAAAGAACGAAUGAUUCAAUUAGAUAACAAUGCUGGAUGGGAAGAACAAUUUGCGGCAUUUGAUAAUCCACAACAACAACAACAUGAAGAAGGGGAAACGGAUGAAGAAAUAGCAAGAAAGGUGGAAGAAGCUGCUGCUGCUCAGGAUCCUAAUGACUUUGGCCAAUUCGAAGAUCUUUGGGAAAAUGUACGAGAGUCCAUGUUUAAAGACAACGAUAACUGGGAAGAGGAUUUCAACAAUUUUAGUACUACCAUCAAUGGUCAAUCCAUCUAUAAGCCUGAUCUUGGUGAAUAUGUGUUUGAAGUGGUGAAUCAUUUUCUUGAUCAUCCUGAUCCUAUGGCAGAAGGUUUACGACUCUUAGAACACGGCACUAAUCUCAACGAAACAGCUUUGGCAUUUGAAGCAGUGGUACAAAAGGAUCCUCUCAACUCGGAGGCAUGGAUGCAUCUUGGUAAUAUUCAAGCUCAAAAUGAAAAAGAAGAACCUGCUAUUCGUGCAUUGGAAAAGGCUGUUGAAACAAAUGCUGCCAAUUUCCCUGCCCUCAUGUCACUUGCCGUCAGUUAUACCAACGAAUCUUACGAUCAAGCUGCUUAUCAAACUUUGGAAAGAUGGAUUACUCAUCGCUAUCCUGAACUGGUUGGUAACAAGACAUCUCCUGCUACUGCCAAUCCAUUUGAAUUACAUGAUCAUGUGACAAAUCUCUUUUUGGAUGCAGCUCGACAAGCUCCUGAACAGGGUAUGGAUCCUGAUGUUCAAGUUGGUUUAGGUGUCUUAUUCUAUGGUAGUGGUGAUUUGGAAAAGGCAGUAGAUUGUUUUGUCUCUGCACUCAAUGGUCGUCCCAAUGAUUAUUUGUUAUGGAAUAGAUUGGGUGCAACAUUGGCGAAUAGUGGUCGAUCAGAAGAAGCUAUUGAUGCAUAUCACAAGGCAUUAGAACUUCGACCUUCAUUUGUUCGUGCAAGAUAUAAUCUAGGUGUUAGUUGCAUCAAUAUUGGUUGUUACAAGGAAGCGGCGGAACACUUACUGACAGGAUUAUCAAUGCACAAGAGAUUAGAUAUGAAUGCUGAAGAAGGAGUCAAUGUUUCAAGUAACCUAUGGGAAAUGUUAAGGAAAACUUUUGUGAUGAUGGACCGACGAGAUUUGGCUGACAAGGCUGUUGCUGGUGCUGACAUUAAUCAGUUUAGAAAUGAAUUUGAAUUUUAG